CAUACAGACUGCCUUCUCGAGAGUUCUUGUGAACAGUAGAGAGAGGCGAGCUUUCCCCCCAAACAAAAAAAUUUUCUUUUUCAAGCGGGAUUUCGAAGUUUGGGUGUGGAUUCUGGAGUUUUUCGGAGCGCGAAAUUAAGGGAAGCGAGUCCGAUUGGAUCUCUAAUCGUUUUUGAUUGGGAGUUUGCUGCAGUUUGAAGAAGAAAGCUGCAUCAUUCCAGAGGCGGAAGACAAGAGGCAAGGAUACAGGUGAGAGGUUCAGAUUCGGAAGUGUUUCUCCUUGUAUCUCGAUCAACUAUAUUUGUUAGUGUUGCAGCACAUUCGGGGUGAUCAAGGGGAAACCUCUGCGUUUCUGCCCGCCCUUGGUGUUCGCUGUCGACACUGACAGUCUUGGUUGCGAGAGAGGAACAGGGGAAGGAAAGAGUAAGUUCUGUGGAGCAAAAGAGGAGAUGGAUCCAAGUAAAGAAAAUCCAGGCUGGGAAGGUAUUAAGGGACCUGAAAUAGAAAAGGAUAGGCAGGUAGAGGACCUCAUGAGCAGAUUAAAUCUCACUGAAGAGGAAAGUUUCAACUUGGUUCUAGACGAUGUGGAGGAUCUGGAUGAUGCAGCUGAGAAUUUGGAGCUGGUAGGCAAAGUUGUUGCAGUAAACACACUCCAUAUCCAUACUAUAGCAUCUGCAUUGCGGCCAGCUUGGGAAAUCCGAAAGGAUUGACAUUUCGAUCUGCUGGAGACAAUAUGUUUGUAACAGAGUUUGAAUCAAAACAAGAUCUGGAGAGAGUUGUUGAUGGAGCUCCCUGGACUGUCGGCAGGAAUGCAGUAGUUUUGGAGAAGAUGGACCCAACAAAGAGACCAACAGAGAUGGUUUUUAAUAGACUCCAGGUGUGGGUUCGAGUUUUAGACCUCCCUUUCAAACUGAUGAACAAGAAGUGGGGAGAAGUGAUUGCUAAACAGAUCGGCCAUGAAUUGAUUAGGCUGGAUGUUGAUGAAAAAGGAAAACCAAGGGGGUCUUCACUCAGGGCGAGAAUAACCAUAGAUAUCACAAAACCUCUGAUGAGAUGGAUUACAAUCACACCAAAAAGCAGGGGUGUGGAGGAAAGGUAUGAUUUACAGUAUGAAGAUAUUCCUUUCUUUUGCUUUAGUUAUGGCAGAAUUGGACAUUCGGAGUUGUUGUGUCCAACACCAGCAAAAAGAGAUGCUCAGGGUUUUCUACCCUACAGUGAGAAACUAAGGGCGCCAGAUGAAAAGAAGAAAAAAUCCAAAGCUUCCUCUUCAAACAGCAAGAGUGGCUACCCAACUAAAGCUAGUGACCAAAGGUCAGGCUCGGGGAAAAAAGACUCUCCCCUGAGACACUACUCAGUGGGUUCUUUUGGGGGUGUUCCUUCCCGACAAGGUGAUGAACAAGGGGUAACCUCUCCUUUUAAUCCAAGGGAUAAGGAAGAGGAACAAACAAGAGACAAUGGUAAGGAAAGGGCUCUAGUGAAGGUGGAAGUAAAUGAUAAAACCUUAACUACAAGGAGGCUUUUUCCUGAAAAGAAUGGGAAGAGUAGCUUGAGUUCAAAAAAGAGGAAGCCUUUGUCAAAAGAAAAUUUAAUAGAAGGCCCGGUAGUGGGGCUCUUGGAAGGAGACACAUGUCAGUCUUGGUUUGUGACAAAUGAUAUCUCUCAAGAAGAAAUGGAUAUAAACAUUUUGAAAGAUACGAAUGACAAAAAUGGUGUCUUGAUGGGUGACAACUUACCAAAGAAACUGAAGAAAGGGAACGCGGGACUGCAGGGACAGUCCCGCGAGCAAAAAUGAGGAUUGUUGCAUGGAACUGCCGGGGCCUAGGGAACUGACCGGCAGUUCAAGGGCUUCUGGAAAUGCAGAAGCAAGUGGCUCCCAACAUUCUCUUCCUUUCUGAAAAAAAAGCUACCGAGGAAGAGAAUGGAAAAGUUCAGGUGGCUUUUGGGAAUGCCAAAAAUGCUUGCAAGGGACUGUGAUGGGCGAAGUGGUGGUAUUGCAAUCUUUUGUAGAAACGAAAUCAAUUUGGACCUAAGGAAUUAUUCCAGAUAUCAUAUUGAUGUUGAAAUAAAGGAGGAAGAUGGUUUUAUGUGGAGAUUAACAGGAAUUUAUGGGGAACCUAAACAAGACAAAAAGAAUGUAACAUGGAAACUGUUGCGAGUUUUGAAAAAUCAACAAGAUAUGCCGUGGAUCUGUUUGGGUGACUUUAAUGAAAUACUCUUCCAACAUGAGAAGGUGGGUGGUGUUCCAAGGUCCCAAAAAUGUAUGGAUAGCUUCAGGGAAGCUUUAGAAUUCUGCCAUUUGUCUGAUCUUGGCUAUAGUGGAGAUAAAUUUACCUGGAGAAACAACAAUCAUCAAGCAGCUAAAUAUAUCCAGGAGAGGUUAGAUAGAGUGGUGGCCAAUCAGGAAUGGUGUUAGAGAUUUUCGGAAGCAUUUGUUAUACAUGGGGAUCAUUACCAUUCAGAUCACAGACCAUUGGUGGUGUAUACAGGAGAAAUACAGUAUGGAGACAGGAGGAAAAGGCAAGCAAAUCUCUUCAGAUUCGAAGCAAGAUGGCUACAAGAAGAGGAUUGUAGAACAAUCGUUAGCAAUGCAUGGAAUGAUGCAGGCUUUGUGGGACAUAAUACAGUCCAUGAAGCACUUUGUGAUGUUGCCCGUGAACUGAAAAAGUGGGACAGAAACGUCUUGGGAGACUUAGAGAAGAGAAUAAAAAAGUUGAAAGAGCAUCUUGAGAAGUGCCGAAGAGAACAAGUUUCCCAAAACAGAAUUGAUAAGGAGCAAUACUUAAGGUAUAAACUGGACAGAUUGGAGGAACAAAAAGACAUCUAUUGGAAGCAAAGAUCACAUGUCAAUUGGCUCCAACAAGUGAAUACAACUUGUGACUUCACAAAUGCAGUGCAACCAAAGGUGACUAGUGAUAUGAAUGAUUUUCUGUUGAAGGAGUUCUCUAAAGAAGAAAUAAAGAAGGCUCUAGAUCAAAUGGGGGAUCUGAAAGCUCCAGGUCCAGAUGGUAUGCCUGCUAUCUUUUUCAGGAGAUUCUGGGAUAUUGUGGGAGAUAAAAUAACAAAUGAGGUGUUAGGGGUUCUUGAAGGUGGUCAAAUGCCUAAUGCAUGGAAUGAUACAAAUAUUGUCUUGAUUCCUAAGAUUAAAAAUCCUACCAAUUUAAAGGAGUUAAGGCCAAUAAGUUUAUGCAAUGUAGUGUACAAAUUGAUAGCUAAAGUAAUAGCAAAUCGCUUGAAAUGCAUUCUCCUUGAAGUCAUUUCGUUGAAUCAAAGUGCUUUUGUUCCAGGGAGAUUAAUUUCAGAUAACAUCCUAGUUGCAUAUGAAGCAACACACUACCUAAGAAACAAAAGAAAUGGAAGAGAGGGGUUUGCUGCCAUUAAGCUGGACAUGAGUAAGGCUUAUGACAGAGUUGAAUAGGACUUCCUCCAGAAAGUUAUGUUAAAACUGGGCUUUCAUAGAAAUUGGGUUAAUCUAAUCCUAAAGUGUGUUACAACAGUGAAUUAUAGAGUGAAGAUAAAUGGUGACUACACAAGGGUGAUUGUUCCUCAACGUGGCCUACGCCAAGAUGACUCUCUCUUACUAAUCAAAGCUGAUCGACAAAAUGCAAGGGUGGUGAAAAGCUUUCUAAAUUCUUAUGAGAAGUGCUCGGGACAAGUAAUUAACAGAGAGAAGUCAGCAGUUAUGUUCAGCAACAAUGUAAAGGUUGAAGUGAAAAAGGAAGUGCUGUCUGAAUUACAAAUUAAUGGUGAGACAACUAAUGAAAAGUAUUUGGGGCUUCCUGUAUAUGUUGGGAAAUCAAAAAAGAAGAUUUUUGAAUAUUUAAAAGAGAAGAUAUGGAAAAGAAUUCAAGGCUGGAAGGUUAAAAUGUUGUUAAAGGCUGGUAAGGAGAUCCUUAUUAAGGCAGUAGCACAAGCAGUGCCAAUCUAUGCAAUGUCAUGUUUCUAUCUAACAAAAAACUCUUUGUGAUGAAAUCACAAAUAUGAUUGUCAGAUUCUGGUGGGCUCAACAAGAUAAUGAACAUAAGAUUCAUUGGUUGAGCAAGGAAAAAAUGAUGAAACCGAAGUGUUUGGGUGGACUGGGUUUUAGAGACUUAAAUGGAUUUAAUCUUGCAAUGUUGGCAAGGCAGGGAUGGAGAAUUAUACAGCACCCAGAAUCGAUAUGUGCACAAGUGUUCAAAGCAAAAUACUUCCCGGAUGGAAAUAUCCUGAAUGCAAAGACAAAAGCUGGGAUUCUUAUGCAUGGAGAAGCAUCCUAAAUGGAAUAAAUCUUCUGAAGAAAGGAAUCAUAUGGAGAGUGGGGGAUGGCGUACAUAUCAAAAUAUGGGAUGACCCAUGGUUGCCAAAAAUAAAUUCAAGAUUUGUGGGUACAGACAGGAGCACAUGCCUCUUAACAAAAGUAAAUGAACUUAUUAACCCUGUGUCAGGCCAAUAGGAUGUAGAACUGAUAAAUAACAUCUUUAAUGAAGAGGAUGCUCAGCAUAUUAAGUGUAUACCAAUUAGGGAAAAUAUGAAAGAUUUCCUUGCCUGGCACUAUGACAAUAAGGGAAGAUUUUCAGUUAAAUCAGCUUACAGAUUAUUUAUGAAUGAUAAAUUUAUCCAAGAAGGCUUACAAAGCAAUUCAAGAAUGGUAGAAAGUACUUUUAAAUGGAGUAACCUUUGGGAAAUUAAAGUUCCAAAUAAGGUGAAGCAUUUUCUGUGGAGAUUCGCCCAUAACAGUCUUCCCCUUUUUCUGAAUAUCAAGAGAAGAGGUGUUGACAUUGAUACAAGAUGUGUAAUUUGUGUACGUCUUGAUGAAGAUGGUGGUCAUCUUUUUUUGAAAUGUAAGAAAAUUAAACAAAUUUGGAGAGAAUUACAUCUAGAAGAGGUAAGACUAAAGCUAUCCUUGUGUGGUUCUGCCUUGCAAGUGCUAGAUGAGAUAUGGUUGUUGCAUGAAGAGAUAAGAUUGAAAGUAAUCACUUUAUUUUGGUACUGGUGGUUUAUACGAAAUAAGGUAAAUGCUGGGGAAGCCCUCCCUUCGAGUGAUGAAGUGGUUUUCCAAGUGAAUGCUUUUGUAAGAGAAUUUAUGGAGCUUGAUGGUGCAGAGAAACAACCUGGGAAGGAGUCCAAUCAAUGCCAUUGGAGACCUCCAGCAAACAAUAUGCUGAAGUUAAACACGGAUGGUUCCUUUUGUGAGAAAUCUAAGUCUGGAGCAUGGGGAGCUAUUUUGAGAAAUGAAGAAGAGGAAUCUCUUUUUGCAGCAGCCGGAAGGAUCGAUAAUGUACAGGAUGCGGCACAAUCUGAAGCAAUUGCAUGUGCUGAAGCACUGAAGCUGGCUAACCAAUUUGGGGUAAGUCGAGUCAUUCUAGAAACAGAUGCCGUAAACUUAUGCCAAAUUCUGCGUGAUGAUACUGUCGAUUUCAGUGUUAAUGCUGCUGUAAUCUGUGAAGUUAAGAGAUUAUUGCAUAUUUAUUUUGAGACUUAUGAAGUGAUGUAUUGUAAGAGAGUUUGUAAUAGACUAGCA